GGAAUACUCCAUCAGUUACAAUAACUUUCCGACUCAUUAGCUUUCCUAUAAUUAUUCAACCACAAACAUGGGAUACUGGGUUUUUAUUUUGCUUUUCUCCACAUAUGUAUUAGUGGUGAAUGGCAGACCUCAAAAUGCAGGAGCUGGAGCAGGUUUUAAUUUCGGAUUUCAGAUAGGAGCAAGAGCAGGUACGAAUGCAGGAGCCAAUGCUGGAGGCUUAGGUGGAUUACUUGGAGGUUUAGGUGGAGGAUUUGGAAUAAAUAUAGGCUUCGGAGGAGGUUUUGGUGCAGGAGCUGGAGGAGGAGGAGGCGCUGGAAAUGGACAAGGUGCAGGCGGAGCUUCUAAUAGGCCAAAUGAUGAAGGAACACCUGAUGAAGCACCAAAUCCCGAAGGGUCAUCACAUGAAACAAGUAAUGAAGAUAAAUCGGAUGAACAAAGUAACCGAGGUGAACCAGAUCAGCCGGACAAUGAGGAAUCAUCCGAUGAGAAGGGAGGAGAAUUUGAUGAACCAAAUGAUGAUAAUGUACGAGAUGUAAAUGAUGAAGAAUCAUCUAAUGAACCAACAGAGGAAAGGUCAUCUGAUGCCCCAAAUGACGAAGAAACGAAUCUUACUGAUGAAUCAGACGAUGAGGAAUCAUCCAAUGAGCGAAAUGAUGAGGGACCAUCUGAUGAAAAGAAUGAUGAAGGGAUAUCUGAUGCACCGAAUGAUGAGGAAAAGGCUGUUACUGAUGAAUCAAAUGAUAAGGAAUUAUCAUCUAAUGAACCGAAUGAUGAGGGAUUAUAUAAUGAACGUAAUGGAGAAGGGACAUCUGAGGCCCCAAAUAGGGAGGAAACGGGUUUUGCUGAUGAAUCAAAUGAUGGGGAAACCGGUUUAACUGACGAACCAAAUGAUGAAGGAAUGAGUUUUACCGAUACAUCAAGUAGUGAAGAAACGGGUUUCACUGAUGAAUCAAAUAGUGAGGAAUCAUCUAAUGAACCGAAUAAUGAAGAAUCAUCGGAUGCGCCAAAUGAUGAGAAAUGAUGAAGACAGUCGAACAUUGAUCUAAAUAAGUCGCAUACGCAAUCAAAUGUGAUAGAAUUUAUAAUAUUUAUUUGAAUUACAAUAAAACUGCUAUUUCUGUUGGAUA